UGGCGGCGCUUUCCCUCUCCGGGUCCGCCUAGGUGCGGGCCGGGCGGCGCUCGGGGGCCGGACUCCCGAGUCUCCGCUUUCCUCCCUCCUUCCCUCCUCUCGGGGCAGUCCCGAGCGGCCCGGCCAAUGGGCGCCGAGAGGAGGGGGGCGGGAAGCGGGGCGCACUGGGCCCGGCCCUCCUACGGCGCCCGUGGCCUCAGCGCCAGCGCCAACGCCAACGCCAAGUUUGCGCCCCGAGAGUUUGCGCCGGUUCGCGUCCGCCGGCCUCCCGUUCGCUCCCGCGCGAACCAGGCGGCCGUGCGCCCCGUGGCGCAGCCACCCUCGAGCACCCGGGCGGGAGGACGCCGAACAGGGGGUGUUGCGGGCAGGGGCCGGGGCAGCCACCUCCCGAAGAUGCAGGAUGGCAGCAGAGCCGCAGCCGUCCAGCCUCUCCUACCGCACCACCGGCUCCACCUGCCUGCACCCGCUCAGCGAGCUCCUGGGCAUUCCGCUGGACCAGGUGAAUUUUGUGGCGUGCCAGCUCGCUGCUCUGUUUGCUGCUUUCUGGUUUCGCGUCUACUUACGUCCUGGUCAAACCAGCUCUGAUGUCAGGCACGCGGUUGCCGCCAUCUUUGGCAUCUAUUUCGUCAUCUUCUGUUUCGGCUGGUACUCUGUGCAUCUUUUUGUGCUCGUGUUACUGGGCUAUGCCAUCAUGGUCUCUGCAAGUGUCUCCAAUAUUCACAGAUAUUCCUUUUUCGUAGCAAUGGGAUAUCUUACAAUAUGUCACAUCAGCCGAAUAUAUAUCUUCCACUAUGGAAUUCUCACUACGGAUUUUUCUGGGCCUCUGAUGAUUGUCACCCAGAAGAUCACAACCUUGGCAUUCCAAGUUCACGAUGGAUUAGGUCGAAGAGCUGAAGACCUUUCUGCUGAACAACAUCAACUUGCUAUCAAAGUGAAACCCUCUUUUUUGGAAUACUUGAGUUACCUUCUCAAUUUCAUGAGUGUCAUAGCUGGUCCUUGUAACAAUUACAAGGACUACGUAGCCUUCAUCGAGGGGAAGCAUAUACACAUGAAGUUGCUAGAAGUGAACUGGAAGCAAAAAGGUUUCCACAGCUUGCCAGAACCUUCUCCCACAGGAGCUGUGAUACACAAGUUAUGCAUCACCUUGGUGUCUCUCCUUUUGUUUCUGACGCUCACGAAGACCUUUCCUGUCACCUGCCUUGUUGAUGACUGGUUUAUCCACAAAGCGGGCUUUCCGGCUCAGCUCUGCUACUUAUAUGUUGUCAUGCAAGCCUCAAAGCCCAAGUAUUACUUUGCAUGGACGUUAGCUGAUGCAGUGAAUAACGCAGCCGGCUUUGGGUUCAGCGGAGUGGAUGAGAAUGGGAAUUUCUGUUGGGAUCUGCUUUCAAACCUGAACAUCUGGAAAAUCGAGACUGCCACAAGUUUCAAAAUGUACUUGGAAAACUGGAAUAUUCAGACAGCUACUUGGCUGAAGUGCGUGUGCUAUGAGCGGGUCCCAUGGUACCCUACGGUGCUAACCUUCAUCCUGUCUGCUUUGUGGCAUGGUGUCUACCCUGGAUACUAUUUUACCUUCUUAACUGGAAUUCUUGUCACAUUAGCAGCUAGAGCGGUCAGGAACAACUACAGACAUUAUUUCCUUUCGUCAAGACCUCUCAAGGCUGCUUAUGACGCAGGCACCUGGGCUGUCACUCAGCUGGCUGUGUCUUACACGGUGGCGCCCUUCGUGAUGUUGGCAGUUGAACCAACCAUCAGCUUAUACAAGUCCAUGUACUUUUAUUUGCACAUCAUAAGUCUCCUGAUAAUACUAUUUCUGCCAAUGAAACCACAAGCUGAUAUGCAGAGGCAGCCUCAGACUCUGAACUCUAUUAAUAAGAGAAAAACAGAUUGAUACCUCCAACAGAAGCAGAACAAGCAAAACUGCCGAACAUUCGAGAGAUGAGAUGAAAGGCUCAAGGUUUCCUCCCGUGACUUAGAGGCGAUGUUUACAUCUUUAGUUUUUUUCUUGUUUAAAGUGCAGGCGGUAUUUUUUUUAAAGCCUUUUUGUACAGAUAAAUUGGCCAUGUCCAGGUUAUUGGUUUUAAUAUUUGAUAGGACAUUUGAGUGGUGUGGCAGUGUGUGGAAAAGGUGCCAAAGCUGCAGAGCUGCAGAGACAGUCCAUUCUGGGCUGCUGGCUUUUCGCCCCUUCCAGCACAAUUUCCAGCUACUGUGACCUGGCUGCGGGGAAUGCACGCGUUGGUGCCGAGCAUCAGAAGAUGAGUGCCGAGAAGACUUGUCACAGGUUUCUCAAAUCAGAACAUACUCAGACGUGGUGGUUCCCUGGGAAGCCCCAGACCCUUUGACCUGUGAUGUUACUAGUUUGCAGACAUAAUAACUCAGAGGACCGUGGAGGUAGAGGGACCAUGGUUUCAGGGCACUGAAAACUCCCUGCACUGCACCAAGCUGACUAACCAUGCACUCUUGAAUGGACUGAAUAUCAGACAUGCCCUCAGAUAGGCUGCAAUUUUUUUGGUUUUUUUUGGAAUGUAACCCUUCCCUUUUUUCUUCUGACCUGAGCCAAGAUUGAAAAUCAGAAAGUCUCCUGUACCUGGAGUUGAAGAGGGGCUGCUGUUUUCUGAAUGUUUCUGUUUCACAGGUGCCACCUGCUUGCCCGGGGCUGGUCUUGAGAAGACACCCAAAUGUUCAUGCCUCAAAAAGGAAGCAGAAUGCCUUUUAGAGAAAUAACUUUAAAACGUAAUUUAAAGUUAGUUAGACGUUUGGUAAGAAGCAGCAAUUGUUUCUGUCUUUUCUCCCCUCAUUUCAUGGAGGUGUUAAUGAUCAUGGCUGGCCGUGAUGUACACUUGGACUGAUUUUCAUUUUUUUCAGUUUCAUAGCUGAGAAAUUCAGCUUUGUUUUAGUUGAAUCAUCAUAUUGGAAAGCAGACAUUGAAAGUUCUUUUCCUAUCUUUGUUUUGAAUGUGUUAUGGCGCCUUUUGGGGACUUCCAUUGGGUAAUAUUCUAUGUGAGAGAAGGAAGUGUGGUAUUAAAUGUGGAAAAUAAUCAUAAUGAUAAAAUGUAUGCUGCAAUGGUGUGCCCUCCCAAUCAGAUUGCUUGGGAGGAGAAAAUUUAUUUGAAUCCAAUGGUAAAAAAUUCGUUUCUUACUGAAUAAACUGUAUGUUUCUAUGUAAAGGAAAUGUUUCUGACAGGAAGAAUUGCUUUUUGUCUGUGUCAGUAGAGACUUGAUGUUCACUCAGAAGUGUGUGAGUGUGUGUGUGUGUGUGUGUUUUAACAAAUGUGUACCAACUUAAGGUUUUACUGUAUGUUUCAGGCCCUUGGGUGUCUCGUGUUUUGGUACAGUUUCUGAUCUUCAUUCCCAACUUUGCAGGUAGGAUUUUAUCCCCUUUCACAGAUGACAGUACUGAGAAUCAGAGAGACAUUUGCCGACUGCCCUAAGAUCACAGCGUUGGUGGGAGAGCUGAGAUUUGAGUUCACGGUAGUCCCAUGAAGACCAUCAGCUGUGAGUCUCUCCAUGAGGUGUCCUACUGGUGCUUCUCCUAGGAUAGUGAAAUGUGGAAGUAAUGUGCCUGGUCCUCUGAAGCAUGUGUACACAGUCCUGGAACCCAAACUCUAGUCCUUAGAGUCCUUCCACUGGGACAGUGGAAGUUAAGAAGUAGUAGAUAUGAGCUAGUACAUGAGUCUCACUCCACUUUAACAAGGAAAUCUAGGGGAAACCCUGCUGUGUUGUCCCAUGAAGAAUAUUAGAUAGUGGGUAGGGGAAGGGGUUGUAGGUACCUGAGAUCUGUCAGAGUUUGUCUCCAUCAGGUAGAGACUGAGGUACAAGACCAAGAAAAAUGCAUGUUUUCCAAACUAGCAAAAAGGGUAAAUAUUACCAUUGGUGUGCAGCAUGUGGAAUCAUCAUAUUACAGUGAAGUCUUUGAAUUCACGACGUGAUUGAUGACCAGGUUUCACUGUAUGUAAGUUAAGUAUCCUCAUGUCUCAAAGAAGAACUUGGUAACGAAAGGAGAGGUGUCUGCUUUGAUGACCAGCUGCCCCAGUUUGCCGAGGACUCUCCCAAGCUCUCAGUCCUGGGCAAAGUGGGGACUGGUCCAACUAGUGACUGCCCAGAACUGUUGACUCCUUAUGGAAUGAGGAGAAGUCAAACCUCUAGGAGCUACGCUGACAGAUGCUGUAUGUCAGAGCUGGUGUGAGGCCCUGAGGCUUUAUUCACUAUAAAAAGACCACCACACAGGAGACUGAUGAGCGUCCUUUUUCCUCUGAAACCCACUUAACCAUAGAAAAAAAUUUCAACUUAGGACCAAAAUUUAGACAGAAGGUAGGAACAGUUUUAAAAUUUUCUUAGAUUUCCAAGUUGUCCUAAAUACAAGAUGCAUUUAAUAAAUACUUCUUGGAUUGAUGAGUUUUCAGUGGAAAAUAAAUACAUUUUCUGGUUUCGUUUUUGAAAAAGCCAAAUCUAAAAUAUUCUAGUGUUUUUUUUUUCUUUUGGACUUUGCAAGUUAACUGUAUGGAGCAAAAAUAUUAUUCAGUGGUUGCAAAAAGCCAUAAAUAAUUCACUCUGGGAUUCUGACUGGCUAAGAGAGAAGGCAUGAGGAGAAAACUGGAAGAAGAACAGAGGAGUUAGCAGGUGGCCCCCAGACCUGGUGCGGUGUGUGUCCCUCGGUUACUCUGCAGGCUCUGGGGCUCCCAGGAGGUCCUUCCCAGUCCCACUGCCCAUGGGAACCACACAGGGAGCUUAGAGAAAGUGAUUGAUGCCAGGUUCCUCCAGGGACCACAUCUUUUUUCUCUUCUUGUCCCUGGCACUUGGCAUAGUGCCUGGCCUGUAAUGAAGAUUCAGUAAGUGUUUGUUGAAUGAGUGAGGGAUUGAAUGGAUUAGUUUAAUGCAUCAUUGCACUUGACAGUUUUGAUUGAGUCACUUUUGCACUGGGAAGCAUCAUUUCUGCUUUUCAGAAUUAGUUUUUGAAAUAAAGCCUUUUUUUUUUUUUCGGUGAAUUCUGAAAGCAUGUUACAUGAUAUAAUCACUCAGGCAGCCAGUUUACCUAGUCUGAACCCCUCUGGUCCACCCAUCCAUUAAUUACUGCAUUCACUUAUUUAUCAAAUGUGUCAUGUCUGGCGUGGGCCUGGCACUCUGAGGCACUGCAGGUGAAAGAUGCUGAAGACCCCAUUCUCUGCUCUUGGAGAGUUCGUGGUGUGCCCAGAAAGACAUGAUCCAGAGGAAUGUGCCAUAGGAGUGCCAGGAGAAUCCCAGCAUUCAGAAAUGAUAAAGUGAUCGGCUGCCUGAUCCUUGUUUUCUUAGUUUAGAGUGAUCUCAUUUUCCAGUGCUGGGAGUUACCCAGGACAGCAGCAUCCCUGCUCUGCAGCCUCAUGUCCAGGUGAAGUGAAACUUGCACUCAUCCUGAAAUUGUGUAUUGACCUUGCAACGGCUCACUGCCAGUCAGUACAGUAGCUACCCAAUAGAGGAGACUGAGCUUUCGUGGUUGCCCAUAGGAGUAGCAGGGUGGCCAGUCCCCCUUCAGAGACAUCUUUAGUGAGGUUUCCAGGCUUAGUGAAUGACUUCAUGAGGCUCCAGAGGAGCUUCCAGUCAGGGCAGAAGACCACCAUUCCUGCCAGUUCAGCUGCCAGCCUGCAGAGGAAGCCAGAUUGGGAAGCUGGGAAGUUUUAGUGAAGCCCGCAGGGGGACCACCUUGUGGUCUCCCCAUGCACGCAGAGCACCAGCAGGUGGUGAAUACACAGAAAAAUCCCUGACACCUGAAACCCUCCUAGGAAGCCCGAGGCUGUGACGUCAGUCUUGGCAGUAAGAAGCUGGGGCUGCCCAAGGGCUGCCAGGAGAUGCCUUUCCAUUCUAUUAAAAUGUUUCUGUCUCUGUCCACCAAAGAAAAGGAAGAUUAAGAUCGCCCCAACAUAGUUGCACGGCUGAAGACAAAAAUCAUGUAGGCGAGGCAGUGAAGCCGUACUUCUCGCAUUUUACUAUAUUUAUCCUGUCUUUAUUAACAUUGCUUUAAUUGGCAAAUCAUGCUUGUACAUUCAUGGGGUGCACUGUGAGGAUUAGAUAGAUGUGUGCACCAUGGAAUGAGGAAAUCCCACUACUCAGCAUCUCCACCACCUCAGAGAGACCAAUUCCACAUGAUGCCCCGGAAGUGCUGAUCUAAACAAGUUAACCCCAUUGAAGUAGCCAGUAGAUGGAUGGUGAUUUGGGGCCGGAGAGUGGCAGAGGGAGGGAAUGGGGGGGGGUAUUGAUCAAAGGACCAAAGUCUAGACAGGAGGAAGAGGUUUUGACUCUAGAGCACAGCAGGGUGACCAGAGUCAAUAAGAACGUAUUGCAUUUUGCAAAAACAUGUUCAUGUCAAAUGUCUCUGCAUUUAGAUUGGAGAGGACGAAGGCCCUGAGUUCCAGGAACACUGAAACCCAACUGGGGAUGCCAAUGGCUGCGGGGAGGAGUCGGGUGAGAUGCUAAUGUUGGAGCAACGUUGGAGCCUGCAGCACUUUUCCCCUGCCCUAUUUUAUCUAUAAUAAAUAUAUUUUUUAUUAAGAAUAAAGAUGGUUCCUGAUAAAUGA